UAGAGCUGUUGGGAGAAAUAGGGAGCCGGUGACAGCAGUCUGACCAGCGAUGUCAGGCAGGUAAAAGCUGCGUGACUGAACCCCGCAGAAAUGAGUGACAGAACCGAGAUGAGAGGGCCCACAAGCCGCAAGAGGAGAACGACCAUCUCAGGCGGCGGCGUGAAGCAAGCGAACGGGAGCAAGUGGCACGAAGCUGCGGAGAAACCUCCACAGUGUCCCGGUAAAGCGAAACCAGACGAGGUGUCCAAACAUGCAAGCAACAACGGGAAGGUGAGCAGAGAGACGGGGAUGUCAGAGCAGCAGCAGCAGCAGCAGCUCCCACACAGUCCGAAGAAACAGAGGACUAUUGUGGAAGAUCUUAAUGGGAGACUCAGCUGUCACGUCCUCCAGGAGUCUCUUCUGAGCUCAGCCAGUGGCUACAGUAACUACAGGGGAAUCCUCAACUGGUGUGUUGUCAUGCUGGUGCUGAGUAAUGCACGCCUCUUCUUAGAGAACAUUAUAAAGUAUGGCAUCCUGGUAGAUCCUAUCCAAGUAGUGUCUCUCUUCUUGAAGGACCCCUAUAGCUGGCCAGCUGCAUGCCUCAUCAUCGUGUCUAAUAUGUUCAUCUUAGCAGCCUUAUACACAGAGAGACGUCUGGCUGUGGGUACCAUCUCAGAAAAUGUAGCACUGAUGCUUCACAUUUUUAGCCUGACAGCCCUGUUGAUUUUUCCCUCAUUUGUUGUACUCACUGUGACCUCGAUGACCCCAGUGGGUGGUGUCCUCUCCUUAGGAGUCUACACAGUGCUGUUUCUCAAGCUGUACUCAUACCAAGACACCAACAGGUGGUGUCGAGAAAUCAGACAAGCCAAAGCCAAGAAACUAACACGAUCAUACUCAUGUCCGUCGGUGGCGCAGUCCAAUGGUUCGGCCGUUCAUGCUCAUGUCUCCUACCCAGGCAACCUCACCCACAGAGACAUAUACUACUUUGUCUUUGCCCCAACUCUCUGCUACCAGCUCAACUUCCCACGGUCAUCUCGAAUACGCAAAAGUUUCCUGAUUAGAAGACUAUUUGAAAUGCUUUUCUUCAUGCAGCUGUUGGUGGGAUUAAUACAGCAGUGGAUGGUUCCCACCAUACAGAACUCAAUGAAACCAUUUCAGGAAAUGGACUUUUCUAGGAUGGUGGAGCGUCUGCUGAAGCUAGCUGUACCCAACCAUCUGAUAUGGUUAAUAUUCUUCUAUUGGUUUUUUCACUCUUCUAUGAACUUUAUGGCAGAGCUAAUGCAGUUCGGAGACAGAGAGUUUUACAAAGACUGGUGGAACUCUGAGAGUGUCACUUAUUUUUGGUCCAACUGGAACAUCCCAGUUCACAAGUGGUGCCUCAGACACUUCUAUAAGCCAAUGUUGAAGAAGGGUGUGAACAAGUUAUUGGCUCAAACUGCCGUCUUCAUUGCGUCUGCCUUCUUCCAUGAGUACUUGGUGAGUGUUCCCCUGAAGAUGUUCAGACUCUGGGCCUUUAUGGGUAUGAUGGCUCAGGUCCCUCUGGCUUGGUUUGUGGGUCGCUUUCUGACUGGAAACUACGGCAACGCUGCCGUGUGGAUCUCAAUCAUCAUUGGCCAGCCUAUCGCUGUGUUGAUGUAUGUCCAUGACUACUAUGUCAUUCAUUAUGGGAGCACCACAUAAUGCUGGACAAACACACAUGCCAAACAUAAACAUGCCCAUGUCAUGUUGUACACACACAUAGACGAACACACGCCAGCCUGCAGGACAACUCAAUGAGUGAAUGUAGAGCAAGUUAAGGUGACGAUGAUGGAAAGUGCUGCUAACCUGUCAGAAAACCGCAGCGACAGCAGGAAAAUUGUUUGCAACGUCUCGAUGUUUGCACUUAAGAGAACUGGACCACAAUAUGUCAGGAAAUGAUCUUGGAUAUUUGAACACCAGGAGAAGUGUUUGUUUUAAAGUUGUAUUCCACUGGAUCUGACUCUCAAGCAAUAUUUGCUCACCUCCAGUCACUUCUAGUUCUCAUUAUCCAGCAUUCAACUUAAAACGUGCGAUCCUGGACCCUAAGUGAAAUACGACUUGGACCUCUGUUAUAAUUAGUGAUGUCUCGCUGAUAGAUUUGUUAGAAAUAUGACUUUAUCUCAUACUGAGCCUGUUAUGAACUUACAUGCACUUAAAUGCAUUUAAGAGUGACAACACAGCUGAAAACCAAGCACUCCUCCUGAGUUAGGAAUUUUUGAAAAGGCACACGCCAUCAUGUGCAACAAAUGUGAAACACUGCCCAGUGUCAAAAUGAUGUUUCUAUAUCAGAAGUCACACUUUGCUUGUAGUGAGCCAGAUAAAAAGUUUAAGUUUUGGUUUAAAAUUUACUCUUGCACAUUUCAGAUGUCUGUAGGUCUUCAAAAUGACUACAAUGACACAUUUUUGCAUGUCAUUUGUCAAAUAUUAGAGAUUUAUAUAAAAAUAAUUUGUAAAAAAAAAAAAAAAAGGCAGGAAACUGAAGGAAUAAAGGUGGGAGAAAUAUAAAAACUAAAGGAUUAAGGGUAAAAAUACGUUUUUGGGACUGCAUUUGUACAGAUAUGGGACCUACAGGCAGCCUGUCCUCCUCUCCUGUUUCUACUACAAACAUCAAUGCAAGCAAAUAGUGUAACAAUACAUGCUACGGGUGUGUUAUUUGCCUUGGAUUUAAUGUCUUUACUGUGUUGCAUUUGAGCUUGCAGAUGAUUUAUUUUAUACUUUAUAUACUUUUUAUUUGUCAGUAUGACGGUCUGCAGUUAUGUUGUGCCAGCUUGAAAUGAAUAUUUAGGUUGUAUUUUAUUCUAAAUCAAUGAUUUAAUGCACUAGGUGAUUUAUUGAUUUGAACCAAUGCAAUCUUUUUGCACUUUAAGGAGAUGCAUGCUGUCGAUUGAAGCAAUAGAUUUAUGUUCUAUCAAUUAUGAUAGGCAAAUUUGCUGUAUUGAAAUAAUUUGCUUGUUACGUUUCGUUAUUGUAUGCAGUCGACUCAAUUUCAGUUUAUGUAGAAUUAAAACAGCAGCUGCAGUAGUAAGAAUAAGAAACUCAAACAGCCUUUUUUGCAAAAGGAGUCACAGUAUUCAAAUCUCUCAAGUUUUUCUGGGUUGGUCUGAAAUUUAUUUCAACCUGACACUGUUGCCAAUAUGAUUAUUGCCAUAAAGUACUUAAUAUAGGAAGAUGUUUUGUUGUUUGACUUUUGUUUUUCAAAUAUGCAUUGACAGCUAAGUGGACAUGUUUAAUUGGAGGCUUUUCUUUUUUCUUCUUUCCUCAUUGAUCACAUUUCAGGGAAAACUGUUGUUAAAAGUGUAACACCAGUUGUGAGAAAGACCAUGCUGGCAUUCCUUAUUGAAAAUAACAAGUGCCUGCUGUAAAAAAAAUAUGCUUAAAGAAAACAUUCACGCCAAAUAUUUCUAACAGGAAAUACCUUAACCUUAUUUUUUGUAGCCAAAUAACUCAGUGUUAACAUGGUGAUGAGAUAUUUGAAAACACACAGCAAGACCUACUGCCCUGAGUUCAAACCCAUGUCCAAAUACAGUUUAACCCACAAGUGUAAAACGGUUUUCAAACGUUAAUUUUAAAACCGUAAGCAAGAUGCUAUUUUGAGCCUUAUGUAAGAGUCACGAAUAUACAGCAUCUCAUCACUUUAUUGGCAGCUUUAAUAUCUGAGUUAAUUUGAUCCACUUUUAUCUAGAAAUAUGAGCCAAUAUAGGGUGUAUUUUAUAAACAAGACAUUUGUUCUUUUUUUUUGUUUAAGCCUUGUGACAGGAACCACAGAGUGAACAUUUGAGGAUGAUUCUGAGGUAGCAGAUGUAGCAAAGAUUUCCUCAGUACUGUAAUUACAGCUGGUGUAUCUGUGCCAGGAACUGCUGUGGUUCAUCAUGUUCUUUAUAGUUGGAUAGUAGGACUAAAACACUAAGCAACUGGCGUGAGUGUGUGUGUGGUCAGGGAAACUCUGCUUGUACAUGAGAGCUUCAUGUAACGUGGAAAUUCAACCAGUUUCAAUAAGGUGAUAUUCAUUGGUAAACUGUGAAAAGAAAUGUGGCUAGCUGUUGUCUAGGAAAAAUGUAUUUAAAUUUAGUUGUUUACUUUUAAUACAGCCUUUUUUUUUUCUUUUUUUUUUUGUGGUGAGAUUUCUGAAUAUGAAGUGACAGCUAUGCUUGAGUGUCAAUGUGUUUUCACCUGAAGCCAAACACUUCCUGUCUAUCUCAUUACUGUGUUGAAUCUGUGAACAUGAGUUUAAGCUGAAGCUUUAAGUUGAACCAUCUUUUAAGAGUUGAUUUUUUUGAGAUUGAAUGAUUAUGUAAUGCAACACAUUAAAUGAAUGUAUGACAUUUGAUCACAAUGAAUAAAGAAAUUGUGAAGGGAAACAAAGACUAUAUGUUUUGGGAAUGCAAAUAAUUUUCAUAGCCUUUCACUUGAAAUUAUUUGUGUUGUUUGAUAAAGAUUGUUUAUAUUCUAC